AUGAAGCGUGGCUCCCCAGUUCUGGCGUGGGCAGCAGCAGCAAGGGCCUCCGUCUACCAUCUCAGGAUAUCCGCCCCGGCCAGUGCCGGCCCUCCCCUUCUCGAUGCCUUCGUCAGCUACUCAAUCGAGUUCGCCUCGUUUCCCGAUUUUGCAGGCAAUAAAUCGGCGCCCAAUACGUUCAGCGAUGCAUUGCUAAGUAACCUGGGCGACCUAACGGGCUCGAAACCGUACAUUCGUGUUGGGGGCAACACGCAGGACUAUGCGCUCUACAAUGCAAGCUUACCCUGGGCAAUCAACGGCACUUUCAACCUCUCGCGCUCGGCCGACUAUCCGACGACCGUAUACAUCGGCCCGUCCUUCUUCGAAGGCUACAGGACACUGCCUGGAACGCGCUUCUCACACGGCUUCAACCUAGCUCUGGCAACAACGCCAGCUGGGUGGCAAAGCCUGUUAGACACAGUGCCGUUGGUAUGCGAUGCAUUGGCCCUCGAGGUGAUACCAGCCAAUGACACAACCACUGCCAGCAACGGUGCUGCAAACAGGGGAAAGUCGUACGCCCGUCGUCGGCUCUACACAUGGGAGUAUGGCAACGAGCCUGAUUUGCUGUCGACAUCUGCACAGGGCCCGACCCGACCAACUGGCUGGAACGAGAGUAUCUAUGCUUCCCAGUGGCUCAAUGGCACGAGGCAAAUCCGGCGCCUCAUCGAAAAGCAUUGCUCAGAGCUGUUGCGUGAGGAUGAUUUUCGCAGCGGAGGUUUGUCGACACGGACAUCGCCGCCGGCUGUUCCUCCCGACUAUUCGGGGUUCAUGGCUCCAUCCUUUGGUGGGACACACAACCAUCUGAGAGCGCCUGCUGCAUGGAAAGCCGGUCUGGAUGCUGACCGGAACAUUGCGUUGUUCUCGUCUCAUAACUACAUCAGCGGCGCCACCUCACCCGGCGUGACUCUCCAGGGCACGCUCAUGAACCACACCAACACAGUGCGCUCUGUCAACGCGCACAUUGCCGAGUACGAGGCCAUUUUUGGAGUCGCAGCCGGGAACAGCACGCGGAGGUCCCAGCCUCGGCACAUUCUGGGCGAGGCCAACUCACUCUACAACGAGGGCAAACCGGGUCUAUCCAACACUUUUGGCGCCGCCCUCUGGGGCGUUGACUUUCUCCUGUACAGCGCCGCCACGGGGAUUGGCCGUGUGCACAUGCACCAGGGCGCCAACUAUCGGUACGCCUCGUGGCAGCCGCUUGAUACGGAGAGUACCACGCGCGGGACGAAGCCGCCGUACUAUGGCAACGUUGCCGUGGCGGCGGCUCUGGGCAAUACACAACUGCACAAUGUAUCGGUAGCGGUGCUGUUUCCGUCCGGCUCGUCGUCGUCUGGUGAUGUCGAUUCGGCGUACGCCAUCUAUGUGGAUGGCCACCUCACUCGCGUGCUCGUACUCAACUUGCGAGGCUACAACACGACGGUGGAUGGAAGUGGCUUGGGCGAAGCAGCACCUGCUGGCUUCCGGCCACGCCCAAGCCAGAACUAUACCUUUUGA